ACCGGAAUUGUGGAUAAGCUCUCUCCUGUCCUCUCUCUCCCUUUCAACUGAACAACGAUCCCUCUGGCUAUGGCAUUCGUUUGGCGUCUUAUUUAGCCAAAAAAAAUCCCCACUUUUUUUUUUCGUUCUGUAAUUCCUUCUAACUCGGAUUGUUCAUCCUCAGCAGAUGGCUGCUCUCGCUUCUCUCUCGUUGCCGGCGAUGGGCCAAUCGGAGAAGAGAGCUGCUUUCGUCCCUUCUCGCCCUCUCCCUUCAAUCUCCCUCUCCCGGAGCCUUUCCUGCCGAUCUUCCCGCCUCGUCGUCCGCUGCAUGUCCACCGUUUCCGAUGUACCGACCGUAUCUGAGACAAAGUCAAAUUUCUUACAAGCCUACAAGCGGCCAAUCCCCAGCAUCUACAACACCGUUCUGCAGGAGCUCAUUGUGCAGCAGCAUUUGAUGAGGUACAAGAAGACUUACCGUUAUGACCCGGUUUUCGCCCUGGGCUUUGUCACCGUAUAUGAUCAGCUCAUGGAAGGAUAUCCGAGCGAUGAGGACCGAGAUGCCAUUUUCAAAUCAUACAUAAAGGCACUGAAUGAGGAUCCUGAGCAAUACCGGAUUGAUGCGCAAAAGAUGGAGGAAUGGGCCAGGAGUCAAACUUCUGCUUCACUAGUUGAGUUUUCCUCUAGGGAAGGAGAGGUGGAAGCAAUCUUGAAGGAUAUCGCGGAAAGAGCUGGGAGCAAAGAGGGAUUCAGUUACAGCAGGUUCUUCGCCGUCGGGCUGUUUCGUUUGCUUGAGCUUGCAAACGCAACUGAACCGAAUAUCUUGGACAAGCUUUGUGCAUCGUUAAACAUUGACAAGAAGAGCGUGGACCGGGACCUUGACGUGUACCGCAACCUGCUAUCGAAGCUUGUCCAGGCCAAGGAGUUGCUCAAGGAGUAUAUUGAUAGGGAGAAGAAAAAGAAAGAGGAAAGGGCGGAAUCACAGAAAGCAAACGAAACGAUCACCAAGUGUUUGGGGGAAAGCUUAUACGAUCCAUCCGUGUUUGUUACAUGGAAAUACUAAUCAGACAAUCUGUGCAACUCCUGUUCUUAUUUUCAGCAACUGUUUGACUGCACUGGGUUCUGUCUAUCUGUUGCUUUUUAUUUUUAUUUUUAUUUUUUUUAAUUUUAUUUUUGACAUUGGACAAAGUUUCCUUGUUGAGUUUCGUAUCUGCAAAUGUCAGGUUAUCUAUAUAGAGCUCCAA